AACAGUUUAAAAUUAAAAAAAAAAAUUGAAACCAAAGCCCAACUCAUCAUCAGCCUAUGCAGGAGCAGGAGGGGUUUCGGAGUGAACUGCAUGCAGGAAACAUCUCACAUCCUGAGUUUCAGGACUCUUUCGCUCUGCUCCGCAACUGCAUUCAUGGGGCUGGGACCAGCUGAUCCAAGUUUGUCUUUCAGCCUGGAUUAAGAAUGUCAGAGCGCUUCCAGGCAGGACGACAACGCAGCCCUCCUUUCCCUCGACCCCCGACCCAGAUACUCUGCCUGCUGCUCAGCCUCUUCGUAACACCGCCACCUGGGUCCCGAGGAGAAACUGCUGAAAGUAAACUGGAACUUCCUAGGCAAUGGAUUCAAAGAGAACAGCUAGAACACUAUGGCAUAACCAUCCCAUAUCUUUUGAGUGGUAAACCUUGGAAACCAAUAAAGAAUCUUUAUGAACAGACUCACCCAGCAAUGCUGAAAUUUCUUAUACAAGCCGAAAGUGAACAACUUGUCAUCAGUCUGGAGAGAAAUGAUGGUCUCUUUGCUGGCAACAUCACGGAAAUGCAUUAUUUGGAAGAUGGUACUAGCACUAUUGUCACGCGUAAUUAUACGAAUCAUUGCUUCUAUCAUGGUCAUGUACAAGAAUAUGCUGAAUCUGCAGUAAUUUUGAAUACGUGCUCUGGACUCAGGGGUAUUAUUUUUUUUGAGGAUAGAGCCUACAUUUUGGAGCCACUGGAAGGUGCUAUGAAUGAACAUAUAAUCUAUAGACUAAAACACCCAAACCUAAUCCUGGGUACAUGUGGCCAUCAUCUCAAUCUUACAGGUGUCACUUUGGGAGAGACUGCACAGUUUAUUCCGACAUUUACUAGCAGACACAAAAGAGAAACUCUGAAGUCCACCAAGUAUGUAGAGCUCAUUAUUGUAGCUGAUAAUCGGGAGUUUCAGAGACAAGGCAAAGAUGUGGAAAAAGUGAAACUGAGGCUGAUAGAAAUAGCAAACUACGUUGAUAAGUUCUACAGGCCAUUAAAUAUUAGAAUAGUCUUGGUUGGAUUAGAAGUCUGGAAUGAUGUAGAUAAGUGUACAGUAACUCAAGAUCCCUUCACCACUCUUCAUGAGUUUCUGGAUUGGCGAAAGAUGAAAUUACUACCUCGUAAACCACAUGAUAAUGCACAACUAGUCAGUGGAAUCUAUUUCCAAGGUACCACCAUUGGCAUGGCACCUAUAAUGAGCAUGUGCACCAAAGAGCAAUCUGGAGGUAUUGUUAUGGAUCAUGCAGACAAUCCAUUGGGGGCAGCUGUAACUCUGGCUCAUGAACUAGGCCACAAUUUUGGUAUGAACCAUGAUACACUGGAAAGAGGUUGCAACUGCAAAACAACUGCAGACAAAGGGGGCUGCAUUAUGAAUCCUUCAACUGCCUAUCCGUUUCCUAUGAUGUUCAGCAGCUGCAGCAAGAAGGACUUGGAAAUCAGCUUGGAGAAAGGCGUGGGGAUGUGUCUCUUCAACCUUCCAGAGGUUAAGGAAUCAUUUGGUGGCCCCAAAUGUGGGAAUGGCUAUGUAGAAGAGGGAGAAGAAUGUGAUUGUGGUGAACCUGAGGAAUGUACAAACCAAUGCUGUAAUGCUACAACCUGUACUUUAAGGCCAGGAGCAGUGUGCGCACAUGGACUUUGCUGUGAAGAUUGCAAGCUGAGGCCAGCAGGGAUUUUAUGCAGGGCUACCAGUAAUUCCUGUGAUCUCCCUGAAUUCUGUACUGGAAGCAAUCCUCAUUGCCCAGCCAAUGUUUACUUGCAUGAUGGGCACUCUUGCUACGGGGUAGACGGGUACUGCUAUAACGGGAUGUGCCAGACUCACGAACAGCAGUGCAUCACCCUCUGGGGACCAGGCGCUAAACCUGCUCCUGGGAUAUGCUUUCAGAGAGUCAAUUCUGCAGGAGAUCCAUAUGGAAACUGCGGCAAGGAUUCCAAAAGUACUUUUGCCAAAUGUGAACCCAGAGAUUCAAAGUGUGGAAAAAUUCAGUGUCAAGGGGGAGCGAGUCGACCUGUAAUUGGCACCAAUGCUGUCUCAAUAGAAACAAACAUCCCUUUACAAGGAGGAGGCAAAAUUCUGUGCCGAGGAACACAUGUUUACUUGGGGGAUGAUAUGCCUGAUCCGGGUCUUGUCUUGGCUGGAACAAAAUGUGAAGAUGAAAAAAUCUGUCUUAAUCGCCGUUGCCAAAACACCAGUGUAUUUGGUGUUCAUGAAUGUGUGACAAAAUGUCACGGACGUGGGGUCUGCAACAAUAAAAAAAAUUGCCACUGUGAGGCUCAUUGGGGUCCUCCCUUUUGUGAUAAGGCAGGAUUUGGCGGCAGUGUUGACAGUGGGCCAGUACGACAAUCUGAUAACAGAAGCUUAAUUGCAAUACUUAUAACCAUCCUGUGCCUUCUGGCGGCCAGUUUACUUGUGUACUUCAAGAGGAAGACCUUGAUUAGAGUGUUCUUUAUUAAUAAGAAGACUACAAUAGAGAAACUUAGGUCUGUGAGUCAAACAAGGCCUUCCAGUUCAUCUGAAUCUAAUCAUGUUCAUACUGCAACAUCUCUCAGUAAGAAACUAGCCAAGCAGCCACAAAAUUUAACCACACCCAAGAGAAACAACGUACAACAAUUGCUCCAGUAUCAAAAAAGAGAUAUUAGCUACUUUGUGAAGGCCCAGGAUGCAUCGAAAUGGAACCCACCAGAGAGGGUUCAACCACAACUUUAUGAGCUUUCUGGUCAACAGUCUGUGUUUGGAAAGGUGCUACCCACCAAGCCCACUCUGAAAUUUGAUCUGGAAUCUUGCAAACCAAGUCCUCCUCAGAAGCCUUUGCCAGCUAAUCCUCAGAAGAACAAAGCUGUUCAGUUUAAUCCUGCUUCUAGGACAAUGUUUGAACUUCCAAAAACUAUGCCUCCAAUUGCUCCUGUCAGGCCUGCACCAAAACCUCCACUUCAUGUGCCUAGGCCCUGCAAUGCUGCCUAUAUGAAAUGAAAUGGUGGAUUGGGGAAAUGAACACCAUUUUUAUUCUGAAAAAAUAGAAGUUUGCACUAUUUUUCAGCUGGAAAUUAAUAUUUUUAUACCAACCCAUAGAAUGUUUAAUGUUCUAUAUCCCAUUGUUUUAAGAACUCUGAGCUACUGCCUUUGGUGCUAUAGUGUGUGAAGGUAGUUUGCGUCCUUGCUCAGGUACUAAUAAAUUAUUAAUUUAUACUGAUAUUUAUUACAGUGCAGAGCACUGUAGUAAAUAUUAUUUCAUCAUAAUCAAGUUUUCCUAGGAUGGAAGCCAUUCUUAUGAUGUUUAAACAGUCUUGAACCAUCCUUCAUUUUAAAUUUCACAGGCUAUAUAAUACCUCUCAGUGUUUGUUGUUCCGUUUAGAUCUAUUUUUUGCAGGAUGCUGACUAGGACUGAAAUAAAAUUGCUGAGAUCAAGGGACCAAUGAAAGUUCAAAUACAGUUAUCUUUUUUAUUCUUUGCCAAAAUCUGGAGGCAAAAUGUAAUUUGGGGGAUACAAUUUACAGGAAGAUGAAAUAAACAACUGCCAAUGCUGUUCCUAUUGAUAUUCCAUUAGAAAGACGGAAAAAUACUAUUUGCAAAAAUCAAGAGAUAUUGUGAGAUUUUCUCAUAAUUUGAAAGCUUAUAGUAAGCAAAGGCAACCAAAAAUUCACUGUGAUUAUGCAUGUACCAAAUGGAAUUCCAAUCUACCUCUAGUGAACUGUGCAUAUGGAACAUAACUGUUUUUGGAGAAAAUACUACAAAAUGUGAUUUGUGCAAAACUCAUCUCCAUCAUCAUGGUACAGAUGCACAUUAAAUAUACACUGAAUUGUCUCUUGAGGCUUAAAUACCUAUUCCCAAAAGCAGUUUUAUCCAGUACCCAGAAUCCAUUUUCAAGUGUAAACAGAGUCUCAAGAAUAUUUCUUAUUAUUUAUUUCAGUUCUAUAACAUGUUAGUCAUCUGUUCCAGAAUUACAAUGGGUUAGAGAAAUCUUCAGAUAAAUUGUACUAACACAAGUGAUUUCUUCUUUGUACUACACAAAAAUAUAAUUAGCCACAACUGUAUAUCCUAACUCACUGUACUGUAAUGUUAAAUGCCUGUUUUCCAAGAGUGUAUAGAUUUUCAAAUAGCUUUUAAAGUACUGUAUAUUGAAGACCAUUUCAAUUAGAAAUGGUGUGAAAUUUCUAUUGUAAUGCAUUUUUCAAACUUUUCAAUCUUCUCAGUGUUUAUGUAUCUCUGUGUGUGUGCAAGUAUACAUAUAUAAACAUCUGCAUUCACACAACAAUUUUCAUGAGGCUCACACUUUGAUGAUUGGUUUCCACCAAUACAGCACAAGGUGUUUGUCCUUUUCUUACACUGUGGUGCAACAGAUCAUAUAAUCACAAAACUUAUGGAUAGCUUUAUAGUUCCGUAAUACCCAGUUCAGAUGCUUACUUACCAUUUAUACGAUGUUUUCAUGUGCAGAAUAGCAAGUAACUCAGCAUGGGAUAGGAAUUUUACUUGUUUAAAACAUACUACUGUAUCAGUCAUAUUUCAAAAAAAAAUUUCUUACAAAUAGCUAUGCACAGUAACAAAAACGCAUUGUUUCAUACUAAAAGAAAAAAUCAACCUAGUAAAAUAUUUUGCGAAAAACCAUUAACUUUGGCUUGAGAGUACUGUAUUUAGCAUUUACAAAGACUAGAUUCCUAUAGAGAAAGUACUGUUUUGAGUUAAGCUACCAUAUUUAGAUUGAAAAACAGCAGAUAGCUAGAUGGCAACAAGGAGACAGACAACUCAUUCGGUUGUGGUUGUUGCAGCUCUCUGGUAAUAGACACAUGACUCUUUAUCUCCAUAUGUCCACUGAUUUUAUAAAAAAUAAUUUGAUCAGUUCUUAUAUCCGGCUGUUGCGUGCCAAGAAAUUUGAAAUAUUAAACAUUUCAAAAACAUUUUUAUAUUUACCUGCCUUCCUCUUACGCUGAAUGUUUUGUUCAUUAGUUUAAUGCAUGGUGACUAAAUAUGUAGCUCUGUAAUUAGCUAUAAUAAAAAGGUAAAGGCUUCUCCUAUCCAGUCGCAUCUGACUCUAGUGGACAGUGUUCAUCUCCGUUUCUUAGCCGAGGGAGCCUUCAUUAUCUGAAGAUACACUCGGAUCAUCUCCAAUCAUAAAGGACCACACUUAAGAGGGCAGAAUUCUAAUGCAUUUUAUGAAAAGGGACAUUGCCUUGUCUGAACAUCCAUUUUCUGUGCACUGCGAGGAUAAUCCAGCCCACUGGCUUCUUAUUUGGGACCCCAGAGUGAGCUUUAUUCCGUUCUUACACAAUUAGUUACCUACGCCUUUGUGAAACAAACUGACAGGCACAUGAGCAGGAAAGGUGGGGUCAAGAAAGAAUUUAAAGAAACAGCACUCGGUAACUAGCAGAAGGUAGUUAGUGAAUAACCAUCCAUUGAUUAUCCAAGCAGCGCACUGGAAAAUGGCAAAUUGUAAGUUCAUCUAUCCCAGUACUAUCUACACUGAUCAUUUAAGAUUUCUGAGAAUUUCCAAUUUGUCUGCCUAAAAUUUAUUGAAUUUCCCAUGCCUCUAUGUAAAUGUGGCCACUUUCAUCUGCUGUCUCUUUAUGGUCAGAAAGUUUCUAUCAUUUAUUUUCUCCCCUGCUAACUAGCAAAACAGCAAUUCAAGGUUUAUUUCAUUAGCAGCAUGGAUUACUGACCUACCAUCUAAAGGAUAUCAUUAAAAUUAUUUUACAGUAGUCCAAACAGCAGCUGGAAAGCAUAAGAUAAAUGUAUUUGUCCUUGUUUAGCAAGUUUAUAAAAAAUAACAGCAUUUUUAUUGACAGAGCUACAUUUAUUUUUUCCUUUCUCUUAAAAAUACUUAACCAAUUGAAUCACUAUAUUUUACAUUUUUCCUCUUAUUAUAAAUUGACCAAAAAUAUAAUCUGUUAUUACAUAAAACUGCUUCCAGUUCCCAGACCUUUGGAUCAUUCCAGUUGUAGAUGCAACAUGCUAUUUUCCAAAGUCAUUAAUCUUCGCUUCCUAACAGAGAGAACCAGCACCAAAUGAUCUUUAUUUCUUUUUUGGUGCAUAAUUUAACUUUUCCAAUUAUUAUGCUCUGUAUCUAGGCAACAAGAGCAGUGAUGCCUAUGAAGAAACCAGGUAAAAAUAUCCAUAUCUCAAAAUAAAGCAAAAUGGAAUUAUCUAGAAAACGAUUUGCUUUAUAAACUUUGCAUAUGUUACAAUGUAAUAAUUGAUAUUUUAAUUUAUAAGGCAUUUGGAAAAUAUUAAUGUAAUAUUUAUGCUAAGUAGGAAGAGUUAUUGAUGAUUGUAGAAACUCAGUUUUUUAAAAUGAGAUUUGGCAAGUGCUAUUAGGAUUCUUCAAAUUUCCUGCCUCUUGAAUAGUUAUAGGUUUUCGAGAGCGUUGACCCUCCGUUCUCCAUUAAAAUUAAUUCUAUUUGACUGUCACUCAAAAUAAAUUUGUAAUUGCUUAUUAAAAAGAUGACAUUUAUUUCAUCUAGCAAGAAUCCCAGGAAGAGACUGCCUAUAAAAAUAUUGAACUUUGUAGGAUUUAUUCUUUCUUUGGUACUAUAUUAAUUCCCCAUCAUUCUUUCCUCUCUAUUCAUAAAAAAAGUGGAAGCAAAACUAUUUAAGAGAUAUAACCUUCAGCUAGAAGGCACUAUGCAUUCUUAGUGCCCCAAUCUAACAGGCAUUGUAGACCUGCGGUUAUGUACUACUGUAUGAGAAAUAAGGUAACUCUGUGUAGGUAACAGUUAAUAUUGGGCCUCACAUAUGCAAUGUGCAUAAUGUAAAUUAGGCAGGGGUCAAAUGUAUAUCACAACCAAAAUCAGCAGAUGAUCCAGUCAAUUUGAUCUUAUCUAGCAUUAUAUAAGUGAGAAGAAACACAGUUAUAUGUGUCUGUUAUUAAGUCCAUUAUUCCUUGUCACAAAAGGAGUCAAUAAAAGUAUCAGUAAACUUAAGAGCAUCUUUUUCUUAAUUACACAAAGCAUAUCAAUCAUUUUAAGUUUACAGCUGGAGUUGCAACAAGUUACUAUUUCUUGAAACCAGAACUUCUCCUGUUUCUCAACAGGAUAUUUGUAGACCUUAAGACCUUAUCUUGACCAAAGCAGGUGCUUAGCCCAAUCUGUGAUGUUUUCAAUGGAUAGCAGCAGAGCCAUCCAUCAUGGCUUUGUUGGUCUGCAUUGGGGCAUCUUAGGAUAUGUAGGAUAUUAAGCCAUUUUUAUUUUUUUUCCAAACAGUUGGGAACUACUCCAGCUUGAGAGCAAAUCUCAUGCCAUUGGAAGCUGUGCUUUGGGGGGAAAAGGGGAUGGGUGGUUUGGACAGGAUAAUCUCCAUACCUGGAGGUUAUGGCUUUAGAAAGAGGCAGUUCUCCAGCCCUCAUGUUUUCAAAAGAUUAUUUGGUAUGGUCAUGGUCCUGCUGGACUUGUUUUCUGAUGAAGAGGAAGAAAAAGAACUAGGGACAUCUAGGAAUAAUAAAUGUGGUGGGAUUGAUUCCAGCACUGUUAUAGACAAUACUCCCACUUCACUCUGACUGAAGAAGAUCCAGUAAGUAUCCCUGCCUGCACCCUCUAUCUGCCUUUCAGGUUCUUAAAUCAAUUCACCUAGUCUGAACAGAGAUGUGUUUUAAAGAUUCAACUAUCAAAGGUUGACUGACCAAAAAGCAGAUCAGCAGGAAAGUAGACUCUAAGAAGCAAUGAACAAUUUGCUCAUUUGGAUAAAGUAUGAGCUGUUGAUUUUUUUUAGGCCUCUGUCAUUGCCUCCUUAGUGAAAACAUUUUCCUGGGACUGCAUAGCUAUUGUGUGAGUCCAAAAAAAGUCGGGACAUCUUUAAGGUGUUGGCAGGUGCAACAAGCACCCUCAAACUCUACCUCAGGGGUGUCAAACUCGCAUAGUCACGUUGUCAUCACGUGACAUAUUGUGACUUUCCCCUCCCUUUGCUAAACCAGGGGUGGGUGGGGCCAGCACGUGACGCAUCAGGCCUGGGGGUUGCGAGUUUGACACCCCUGGUAUACCUGAACCACAUUUUCUAUUUUAGAUACAAAUAAUUUUACAUCCCCAUUAAUAAUUGAGAACUGGUAGGAUAAUGCUCUUGACUGGUACAUAAUGCUUAUGAACUACUUUUGGAACUACAAUUACUGUAAAAAGAAAAAAAAAUAGAACAGAAUGUGUCCAGUUAUAGAUACCACAGUUCCAAAAAGGACAACAGCAAAUUGGAAUGAGUUCAAAAGAGAAUUACAAAGAUGUGGAAGCAAGCCCAAUAUACACAAUUAAAAGAUCUGACUAAGACUGACGAGAGAUAACGACCAUUCUUCAGACAUCUAAAAGGAGGGAUUUAUUUUCUACUCUGCCAAAGCACUGGACUGAACCUGCGAGUGUAAACUUAGAAGGAAGCAGAAUUAAUAACUUUCAGGUAUCUUCAAACUUAAAUCUAAACAGAUAAUCAAUCUGUGAUUAUAUAUUAAUUGCAUUUAACCUUUCUAGCAAAUGAACUAUCAGUAAAUUAAAAAUAUUUUUGAAAUUAAAGGUAAUGCAACAAGAAAAGACAGAGGAGAUUUGAAAGCACAUGCAGCAAUUUUAGGAGUUGGGCCUAACCCAAAAGAAAGAUUUUUAUGCUGAAUAUUUAUUGUUCAGAAAUGUUUGACAACAAGAAAUGGAUUGCAUGAGAUGAGAUGCAAUGUGAGUUGCCGUUAGGACUCAUCCUAUGGAACAAAAGAUCCUAACACAAUUUGUUCUUUACUAGAGGAAUAGCAACUGAUGUAUAAUUCGAACUGUUGAUAUCGUGAUCCUUGAAACAUUUUCACAUUUUAAUUAUUCCAUUUAAUGUGUGUAGGGUUAUUUUAACAAAAUCAUUCUAUACACUAUAAAUGUGUAUUAUAAUCCAAUGCAUUCAUUUUUAUGAAAUACAUCUCUACAAUGGUUACAAUUAUAUUUGCUUUAUUUGAUAUACAACAUUAUAUUGCAGUUUGUAUUCUUUAUGUCCAGACUUUAUACAGAUUAUUGCAGUAUGUCAAUAUGUUUCAA